GGCAUCGUCGUUUGCUAAUCUUUCGCACUCGUUUCCUCCUCUUUCUUCUCUCUCUCUCUCUCUCUCUCUCUCUCUCUUAUCUCUUUCUCUCUCUACACUUUCUUCUCCCUGUGUCUCCCAAAGAACUGAUUCAAAAAGUGAACUCCAUUUACUCUUCAUUCUCUCUCCUGCAAAAACGCAUUUACUCUGCGGUGGGUUGCAACCCCACAUUUAGUCUCUCUCUCUAGCUCUGCAAUCAAAACCCACCUCGGCCAGAUUGGCAGUUUUCUCUGAGCUGGUCCAAUACCAAUUAGAAUCAUGGGUGAGGAGUUUCAUCACCCACCUGUCUGAGAACAAAUAGUAUCAUUUCCUUGCUUUAUUUGUUUUUUGAGUUUGUGUUGAGCUACGAGGAAUUUCAUGGCUUCGAGUGCUUCGAGGUUCAUAAAGUGCGUCACUGUUGGGGAUGGAGCAGUUGGGAAGACCUGUAUGCUCAUCUGCUACACCAGUAACAAGUUCCCAACUGACUAUAUACCCACGGUGUUUGAUAACUUUAGCGCUAAUGUGGUUGUGGAUGGAACCACUGUGAACCUGGGCCUCUGGGAUACAGCUGGGCAAGAAGAUUACAAUAGGCUGAGGCCUUUGAGCUACAGAGGAGCAGAUGUGUUUGUGGUGGCUUUCUCUUUAGUCAGCCGAGCUAGUUAUGAGAAUGUUAUGAAGAAGUGGAUUCCUGAACUUCAACAUUAUGCACCUGGUGUCCCUGUUGUUCUUGUUGGCACCAAAUUGGAUCUUCGAGAAGAUAAAUACUAUUUGUCUGAUCAUCCAGGCAUGGUACCGGUGACCACGGCCCAAGGUGAGGAAUUAAGGAAACAGAUUGGUGUAGCAUAUUAUAUAGAAUGCAGCUCAAAAACCCAACAGAAUGUUAAGUCAGUUUUUGAUGCUGCAAUCAAAGUCGUCAUUCAGCCACCUAAGCAAAAGGAAAAAAAGAAAAAGCCUCGACGUGGAUGUUCAUUAUUGAAUAUUUUUUGUGGGAGGAACCUCAUGCACACUGACUCAGGUUGAACGGUGGUUCGUAUUGCUUUUAGUAUCCAGCUCGUCUGGCAGUUCAAUCACCCUACAUGUUUUAUCUAUUGGGGUUGAAUUUCUCUUCUGAUCAGAAUCUAAGUUGGUAGCUUAUUAACCCCAUUGUCAAUAUGAGAGGAACAACUUGUUCUUAUGCUAACUCGCAUUUACUUCAAUGUUUGGAAACCAUGCUGAUUGAUGUUUGAUAUAAUUGAUCUAUUGUUUGCCUCGUGUGUACACAAUGUCGUCUAUUUGAAAGCCCAUCUAUAUUUU